AUGGACACCACCCUCCUAGCCCAAGCGGUCUCAAUCAGCACCGCCUUCAUAAUGUCCGGCUACAUGCUCUCCGCCUCCCAAGUCACCCUCCCGCUCCUCUACCCGCUCCCAGCCCAAACGACCACGCCACUCUUCGCCGGCGUUUACCACCGCGGUGCCUCCCUCGUGAUCCCAGGCACCAUCAUCUCGACCGCCGCCUCCGCCUACCUGGCAUAUACCGCCACGUCGAGCCAGGAAUGUAUCGUCUAUGCCGCUGCCGGAGCUGUGACGACUGGUAUUCUCCCUUUGACUGCUGUUGCCAUGAUGCCGGGGAUCCAUCGACUUCUUGCUCUUGCUAAGAGCGAUAGUGCUGUGCAGGUGAAGGCGCAGGAGAGUGGUGAAGUGACAGGCUUGUUGAAGGCUUGGACGAGGCAGAAUUAUGUUAGAGUGGUGAUGUGUGCGGUUGGUGGAGGACUGGGUCUGUAUGCCGCGGUGCGGAGGGAAUGCUAG